UUGCUAUGUCGAUAAUGUCGUUGAGCUUAAUACAGCAAGGUUCCGGUAAUUCGGUGAAUGUGCUCUUUUCAAACAUGGAGAGGUUACUUUUUUGAAAUAAUAUGUGGAAAUUAGGAAAUCGGAGUGUCAUCGUGUUAGUAAGUGUGUUGAGUGGGUGCGUGUUUCUGUACAACGUUUGGGGGCCGAUACUUAUUCUUACGAUUUCAUUGUUUUUUACAAUCUAUGCGUGUUACUCUUUGAUUAUUAACGACAGCUUAUUGUCGCCGCACGCGUUCCUUCUGCUUGAUUACUGCAAACACUUUUUUUCCGAAGUUCGUACAAGUUUUGAGACUAUUAUCGAUCACAUAUAUCAAUACAUUCGCCAAUUUUUGGAAACUGCAAAUCAUCAAUUUCGAAAACGAUACCUAACCCAAACCUAUUCUAGGAUGGAAAGACGUCGAGGAUUGAAUUAUCAGCUUAGCAGUGACUCUUAUCCAACUAGGAAAAACUCUGCCCACUUCGAACCGAUUGCAGAGCUUAAUCCAAUUUCAAAAAAUUUACAAAAAGCCAAUUUGUCAGAUGAUAUUAAUUUUAAAAAUAAUUUUUAUCAUAAUUCUGAUCACUCUCCUUAUGAUCAUAAUUCUUUUAUAACUAAACGUACUUCGAUACGAACAUUUCCACGUAAUAAAGAAGAAUUAGAAAAUCAAACAUUCAAAUUAUCACCUUGUGGUCAAAUGUUAUCGAAAAGAGCAUCUCCUAUAUAUGGACAGAAUCAUAUGAUGCAAUUGGAAGAUACAAAAUACUUUGAUGCUGAAAGUUCUUCAUGGAAUUUUCGUACAAAUUCUAAAGCAGAUACGAAAACAGAAGAAAGAACAGAUGUUCAAGUAGUUACAGGACCUCUUUUAUCAUCAACUAGAUAUAAUAUUGAUCCAAAAGUAUAUAAUGAUGUAACCUCACCUGGACUUACAAGUCGAUUAACUAAAUAUGUGGCUGAAGCCAAUAAUAAAUUAACUCAUCAAUCUAAAUAUCAUGUAGGACAAUUUCCGAAAGUAAAUCUUCAUGCUACUUCAGUUCCAUUGAUUAAUGCAAAAUCUAUGAAGACAAGAACACCAGUGACAGUUAGAGUAGCACCAUCUCAUACUAUACGAUGUUCUCCAUCAAAACAAAACAUUUUGACAAAUUCACAUCAGUCAGAUAGUAGUUGCUUCUCACCUAGUGUUGCUCAAGCUUUAAGAGAAAUUUCAUUGAAGAGACAUGCAUCAAGAGAAGAUGUUACUUCAGAUUUAGCAAAGAAACAACGAACAGAUGGUAUUAUUAAUAAGAAAUUUGAAACACAAGAUGAAACAAAACAAAAAAGAAGCAGAGAAGAAUCCCUGAAAUCAGAAGAUGAUACAUCUCCCCAAAGUAAAACUAUUCGACCAACGAAACGAACUAAAACACCAUCAUGUUAUGAUAUUAUAAAUUCACUUAGUUCUAGUAAGCAUGUUGUUUCUGGUGUCAAAAGAAAAGCUAGAGAUUUUUCACGGAGUGGAACACCAGAUUUUGAAAAACAUUUUAAAUCUUUGGAAUGCGUACAAAAUGCUAGUACACAAACAUUAGUGCAAGUUCCAAAUGCAAGUCCGAGACAUCAUAACCAUGAGAUAACAGAAAAGAAAAAUAAUUCAGAUAUGUGUAAAGAUGUGUCUGUUGAGAAAUUACCAGAAUAUUCUCCAUUAAAGGGAAUUCUAAAAACAAGUAAUAAAAGCAUAGAAUAUGAAUCAGAUGAUAAUUUCGUUCAGACAAAAUAUUUAAACAUGCAAAAUAGUGAUAAAGAUCAUUCGAUAAAAUCGAUGAUAGCUACAGAUUCGACAAAGUUAACACACAAGUUAUUUAUGAGAGCAGAACCAGAAAGAAAUGAAAAGUUACGAAUGUUGGUCGAAGAACAAGGUAAUAUACGAGCAAAAUUUACUACUGAUGAUGUAGAAGAAAUAAAAAAAGAAGAUAUUGCCGAUAUGAGACAAACAAGCAUGAGGGCAAGACUUCAGAGUAUGUUUGAUGCCAUAUCUGGUAAAGCGGCUAGUCAAAUAAAUCCAGAUGUGGUAAUUCAAGCGGAAGAAGUAAAUAUUGUUAAACCUGUUGCAUGUCCUGUCACUUGUGUGACACUUAAUUCUUCAACUACUACAACAAACGUCAAUACCACACCCAUUUCUACAUCGGCUGUAGCUCCUAAUCCUGGUACUAGUGAAUUCAAUACAAAGUCACCAAAACACGUGACUUUUAAUUUAUCAGAUAAAGAUAGUUCCUCAAAUACAAAUGUCCAUUUUGCUACUAUAUUUAAGAGUAAAAACGAAAACAUUUCGACUUCCGCAAGUAAAAUAGAUAAUGCUGCACCCAAAAUUACAUUAACCAAUACGAAAUCCGAAAUUAUAUCUCAAUCUGUUAUUUCGAAUACAACUACAUCCAGUCCAAUAAGUUCGAAUGUACAAACAUUUAAUUUCGAUAAGUCAGCUUCGGUUACAUCAACGGUAACUACUUCGCCAAUAAGUGCUGUAGAUACAGUUUCUGCAAAUAACAAACCUCUUUCAGUUAUUUCUGCAACAACUAGCAUUUUUGGAAAUUUUAUAACUACUACUCCAAUAUCUUCACCAGUUUCUUUGAGCACAACUAUAGCAAAUGCGAAAACUGAGGCGAAUCAAAAUAUCUCGAAAUCAAUUUCCCAAAGUACAACAAUUGAUUCAAAUUCGAACGUAUCGAUUGGAAAUAAUAACAUAAUUUUCACAUCAACUCAUUCGAAUUCAAUGACUUCAAACACUGUUGCAAAAACCAAAGAACAAAGUAUAGAAUCAACAUCGAUUGCUACUAAGAUAAAUAUGACGCCAUUUACGAGUAUUACAAAUGUUGCUAAUUCGAAUAAUACAUCAACUACAACAUCGACUAUAACUACAUCAAUUGUAUCUACAUCAAAUGUAACCACGUCGACUCCACUAUUUACGUUUGGAAACAACGCUAAUAAACAAGUAAUGACAUCCAAAUCAGAAGGAUUUGUGUUUGGUUCAGUAGGAAAAACAUCAGAAAAUAAUGGAGCGUUUGGGUGUUCGACUACAUCUCAGCAGGUUUCAAUAAUUACUAACACAGUGAUGACAUCUUCGAAUAAUCAAAGUAAUACGCAAACUAAUUCUAUCACGAAUAUCACAACUAGUACCGGUUUUCAAUCGAAUGCAAAAACUAGCAUUCCUACUUUUGGAUCAUCGACAAAUUCGACUUUUGUAUCUUCUACCAUCUCAUCCGCAAACGAUAGCAAACCUGGAUUUUCUUUCAAUAAUAUAUCAUCAGCAGCAAAUACAGUGACUGGGAAUUCAAAUACAACUUUAUUUACUAUUGGAAAUAAUAAUUCGAAUUCGAGUUUCGGAACAUCUUCAAUAACUAGUUGCAACACAGCCCAAUUUGUUUCAAAUACUGGUUCCAUAUUCACUAAUUCACCAUCUACGCAAUCUAUCUUUGGUGCAACGACGACAAAUUCAAAUCAAUCAGUUUUUGGUACACCUUCCAGUUCAAACACCACAACAGCUAUCUUUACUCUUCCUAAGAGCACAAUUACAUCAGUUUUUGGUUCCAAUGUUUCCACUACUUCAACAGGAUUCGCAUCUACGAAUUCAAUGCCAAUUUUCUCGAAUAUCAGUGGAUCUUCUAUACAAAUAACAAAUACAACUUCAAUACCAGUGUUUGGUUCUAGUACAAGUUUAUCCACUUCGGGAAUAACCAGUGGUGGAACAAACAGCGUCGGUAGUAAUUUAUUUUCAAAUGUGAACUCAACUACUUCGGCAUCUAUAUUUCCUACAACAAAUAAUAUUUUUGGUCAAACAAAUUCAACAGGGAAUUUCAAAAAUAAUCCAGGAGUAUUUGGAAAUAACAGUGGUUCUGCGUUAUUCGGUUCGCAUCCAACUACAUCGUCUACAUUUGCUACUGCAAAUGUUUCAAGCAAUUCUACUGUUUCUACUUUCGGUUCUACAAAUAUUUCCGUAAGCAACGCAUCCGUCCCAACUUUUGGCGCUACAAAUACUGUUACUUCUGAUUUUGGAUCACAAAAUCAAAACAAAGGAAAUUCAGAAGUUCAGAAUUCUGAUUCACAGAAUUUUGGUGUCAGAAAUUCAAUAUUCAGAGGCGAGAAUACAGCUGGUCCCGUGUUCGGAGCUUCAAAUAGUGGCACCAGUCAUUUCAAUUCUUCUGCAUCAAAUAAUACAUUUUCUGGACAGAAUACCUCUAUUUCAUCAAAUCCUACAUUUGGUAUGACAGCAACUGGUACUCCAAACGGUACAGCAACAUUCGGAGACAACAAGGUUUCGCCAUUCGGAUCACAAUCUUCGACAUUUGGAACUCCUAAUAUAACGAGUCCCACCUUUGGAAAUACUAACGCGAAUGAAAAUAAUACUACCAGCAAUAUAUUCACUUUUGGGGCAAAUCAAAAGCCACCACAACAAAGCACUACUGUAUUUCCUUUCGGUACCAAUAGUAAUACUAACAAUAAUGCUGCUAUUGGUGCAGCUGCUUCUACUUCCUCACCUUUCCAAUUUGGCACAACAACGUCGAAUUCAGCUACAGGAUUUAAUUUCUCCGCUCCAUCAACAACUCCAUCCAUUAAUUUUGGAACAACGAGUUCUACAUCAACAUUCAAUGCUCCCACACCUGGUAUGUUCAGCAUCGGAAGUGGUUCUACUGCUCCAAGAUCCAGGAAUAUACGGACUAGAAAAUUGAGAUGAUGGAGAAUGUAAAUCUUGCUAGCCUUUUACAUAAAGUUCUUCAUCGAAAUACAUAAACGCGACGUUUAAUUUUUUAAUAAUGUUAUUCUGUAAUUCUAGCAUCAUAAUUUCAUAGAUUCGUAUCAAGUAAUGUUUCAAAUCGAUGCAAUUCUAUUUGACUGAGAACAGAAUUAUAGAAUAGAAUUAUCAUUUUAAUUUUACAUUUUUCGCCAUUGUUAAACCUAUCCACCUUGUACAUAUGAAAAUGUUAAAGCAGAUUUUUAUCUAUCAGUGAUUAAAGUUUGCUUAAAUUGCAUUAUUUAGAAUACAUAAUACAUAUAUACAUAUACAAAUACGCACAUAUAUAUAUAUAUAUAGAAAAAUAAAACGCGUGAUUGUUUUAUUAAAAAAAAAUCUAACAUUAAAAUCGUGUUCAUUUAUAGAA